AUGCGUUUUGCCUUCGUUUUCGUUUUUGCGCUUAUCAGCGGCCCGAUCUUCGUUAGAUGCGCCUCAACAGAUACUACCGGGGGCUCAACUGAUACCACCGGCGACUCAACAGGCUCAACGGGUUCUACCGGCAGCACAACAGGUACUACCGGCAGCUCAACAGGUACUACCGGCAGCUCGACUGGUACUACCGGUAGCUCAACGGGUACCACCGGUAGUUCAACAGGAAGCUCAACGGGUACUACUGGCAGCUCGACAGGUACCACCGGUAGCUCAACAGGCAGCUCAACGGGUACUACUGGUAGCUCAACAGGAAGCUCAACGGGUACUACCGGCAGCUCAACAGGAAGCUCAGCAUCGUCAAGCACCCCAGCAGCUAGUUCUUCCACCAGUACUUCCUCUAGUCCUUCUACCACCCCAUCCACAAAUACUUCUUCUUCCGAUACCAGUUCCACCAGUACUUCUUCUUCUUCUUCUUCUUCUAGCACCUCAACUGUCGCAGAGGAAGAGAAAAGACUUCGUAAAUUGCUUAAACGCCUGAGAGCUGAUCGUCGCCACAUGAGAAAAGAGCUUCGUAGAUCUAGAGCUCGUGCAGCCGCGCUCCGAAGAAGGCGCAACGCUGCGGCUAAUAGGCGUCAACGCCAACGCGCAAGGGCCAAUAGGGCCAAUCGCCGUGGUUGA